AUGUUCACUCACCUGUUCCGUGUCGCGAUCGCUGGUGAUCGUCUGACAGUGUGCAAGAAUAUCUCACGGCGAUCGCAUAGAGUUAACAAUUUUUCUGUGGCUGUGACAAAGGGAAAUCGACAGGAGAUGCAGGAAAAUCGGUUGAAACCGAUGAAGGGCCGAGCCGAUGUGUACGGGAUGUAUUUCGACGUUCCCUUCUCGCGCUUUGAGCUCGAGUGCAUCGAUCAACUCAGGAGAUUGGUGAAAACCUAUCCUCUCUUGCUAAUUCGGCAAGACAACAACUUCCUGGCGCGCUUCCUCAACUGGAGCGAGUGGAAUGUGGACAAAGCCUUCGAGAAGCUGUUGACUUUCUACAAGUUUCGCAAAGAUAAUUACAAAUACUGCCCCUUUGCGCCGCUUUCCGACUAUGAGAAUUUCAUUAAGAGCAAUUGCUUGGUAAUGCUGGACCAGAGAGAUCGCAACGGACGCAGAGUUUACAUCUGCCGUAUUGCCCGAUACUUAAUGGCGAGGAGCAUUUACGAGGUCUCACAUUUGGAUGACAUGUGGUUCGAGUGUGUUCUUGAUGAGCCUGAAACACAGAAGAACGGCGUAUCUGUUAUUAUGGACGUGAAAGGAAUGUCUCUCAGUCUCCUCAAGUGGCUCACACCGAAGCACUCUAGUGUCAUGACGAGAAAGGCCGACGUGGCUCCCUUGGCGAUUUACUACCACGUGGUCAAUUCGUCAGGACUCAUGAAGGUGAUCAUGCCCGUGAUCUUCCAGUUCAUGUCGCCUGAGACACGCGAUCGCGUGUUCUUCCACUACGACAACUGGCCGUCGCUACACAAGUACAUUGCGCCCGAAAUACUGCCCUCGGAAUAUGGGGGCUCUCUGGAGCUGGACUACGAGAAUCUCCGCAAGCUCCUGUAUGACCGCGAGGACUUCCUGCUUGAGUACAUGACGCACGGCUUUGCGGAUCCCGAGCCGGAGAAUUGGGAUCAUCAACUCCUCGAUGUGACCCGAUAGCACGGUGCAAUUUAUCUGUCAUCAGCCGCUCAUUCCCCAGCUCCCCUUCACCCAGGCUCGUGGAUAGAAUCUCUCUAUGGUGCCAUGCGCUUGCGCCAUGGUAGU